AUGACUUCACACGGCCAUCACGCAAGGUCCACAACCAGCUUGCAUGGCGACGGCUAUGGUGAACGACAUCAUAGAAGCAGCGGCAGAGAUUCCAAGCACAAGUCAUCGUCAAAGAAAAGCUCGACCGCAACCUACAACUCUCAGUUUUCAGUCGAGCCUGUGUCCUUCCUGUUCUCGGUGAUUGAAUACGAGGUUUCCUACGGCAACUCGCCUGCCCCCAGGGAUCAAUGGGACAAUACUUUGCCGCCGUUGACUAGAAAUGGUUACCGGCUUAACAACGAAGCGCCUGUCUUUCGGUACAGAGAUGGGAUCGUCUCCGAAGCCCCCGAGUAUGCGUGGCGCAGGUUGGUUGAGGGCCAACCUGGCGGGAUCUACAGACAUGAGCAUGGCCAGUUCUUGGGUCAAGCUUUCCACUACAAGGCACACAGCAUAUUUGCCUGCUCACCAUGUCUCCCCUUCAUCAUUGCCGACGGAGACAUAUCCCUCUACAAUAGCUACAUGCGUAAUGUGGGCGAUCAUGGGACCAACACCUAUGUCGAAGACUCGGCCCGCUGUUGGCACAUGCUACACUUCGACCACAACAAUGGCAUUUCCCAAGCGAAUGGUGAAUCGUAUGGGCACCCCUGGGUUGCUGGCAGGAACCCAUCAUGGAUGCCAUCUUUGGUACCUAAGGUGUUCAGAAACCACCAAGAGCCACAGACGCUGUCUCGAGGCCUUUCUGGAGAAAUCUCCAUCGUAAUUGGUCUCAUGGCCUUUCACAGUCCACCACGCUAUCCUGGUUGGGUGUUUGAACAACAGCUGUGGACGCACAACUUAUGGCAAGGGCCUAGCUCAGCACCAGUAUACUACCCCCCUCAAGCUGACGCAAUUCCCCGCGGGUUCCUGGUCCAUGUGUGUCUGGAUCUCUAUCAAGCUCCCGGAGUAUCCCCCGAACACUAUAGUGAACAUUACGCAGAUCAGACUGCAAGCAUCAGUGAGUUUGAGGCUAAUCGAGCAUGGGUUCGAGAUGUCGGGACCCAUUGA